GAGCUUUCUCUGACCAACAAUGAAUCGGACCAUCGAAGAAGAAUUGUCCGCUAGCUUCUCUGCGUCGUCGAGAAAGGGAAGACGACAACACGAGGUUUAGUGCUAAUUCGGCCAUUAAGCUCGCUGUUUUGCGGUCGAGGUGUUUUGUACUGAAAUGUCGUCCUGGUCGAAAUCAUCCCAAGCUGCUCGCCGGCCGCUGCUCAACCCCAAUGGAAGCAGCGCUCAGCCGCUUCAGUUGUUCCGAAGAAUUGCACCGUAUCCCAGCAGGGAAGAGAGAACAGAGGAGCUUAAAGAUGCCCUGGAGAGUUACAAAGAAUUGGAGCAAUUGCAAAACUGCAGCGUGGGAGUGAAGUUUGAGGGCUCAAAACAUCAACCCAAUGCCACUCAAGCUAAGCCUGACAGCGCUGUAGCCGACAGGCGCAAAGUCCUGUAUCAGAAGUUCUACAAACAACUGCAGGGGGAGCGAAGGCCGCCUGGUUGUGUGGUCAUCUCUGUCGCCAACCAAUGCCUGAAUUACCCCAAAUCGAUAAGCAAGUGCUUGCAGGAGCGCGGCCUAUCAGUGGAAAUGCUCUACCUUCAGGCGGAGUCAGGCCUGACCCAAGCCCUACAAGAUGUCCAAAGUGUUGGCUCCCCGUUAUGUAUUCUGGUGGAGCAGACAAACAUAGCUCUGUCCUCCUGCACCGUUAUCAUUUUCUCAGAGUCGCUCAAGAUCCACCGCAACAUGCCCCAAGAGCAGGCCAUGGACUUUGUUGUGGCAGAGAACAGCCGUGGACUUAAUAAAGACAGCUCAAAAAGGGACCCCGCAGAUAUUGCAGCACAGGCGUCUCAGCUGCUCGGUGAUUUUCUGGAUCGAGAAAAGAUCGAGUGCCACGUAGUCCCCUCCGAAAUCCGUCAGUUUCUUCUCCUGUUAACUGAGGGUGUGCAUCUUUACCCCGAGGAGAUGGAAGCCAUCUCAAAGUAUGUCCGAACCCGUCAGGAACACAUACAAGUAGCUUCUAACAACGAAGACAAGAAGGACAAAGUGUUACCUUCAGUGCUUGGUAAGCCGCCUCCUCUGCUCCCUACGCCACCUGGACCACCUCCGAUUCAGUCUUUCGGUGAAACAGGGCGGCCGAUGCCACUCUUACCUACACCAGGUCCAUAUCCCAUGUCCAAGCCUCCCCCUCUGCUGUCCCUGCCUCCAUCCUUACACAACCACUACGGUGGCCCCGGUUUUCAUCAUCCCCCCUUUAUACCUUACCCACCCCAACGUCACUGGGGCCACAGAGGCUCCCAUGGAAAUAGAGGCAUGCCACCCUCCCUAAAAAGUUCUCGCCCUCCACUUUUAUCUACUCCAGGUGCUCCUCGUCAAGGUGGCCCCCGUUACUAAAGGACAUAAAGUCAGUAUUUCCACUGCUUCUUGUUCAUUUCCAUGGAAGUUGGCCUUUUGAAUUGUCAACUGUUUAGGAAAAUACAUGACUGAAAAAUAUGGUAACAUAAUCUGGAAGAUAAUAAUGAAAAUAUUUGGGUUUAUAUAGCACCUUUUUAAAGGGCUUUAAGAUGAAAAACUGAUAUUCUUUCACCGUGCAGUCUCACACUUGUAGUAAACUAAGAAAACGUGGCUGCCAAUUGAUGUUGUUUCUUACAUAAUUGUUUUGUAAAGUCAUCUUCAGACUUUUUUUAAUAUCGACUCGUAAUAUGCAGAAAAUGUAAAGAAUUGCAGUUCUCCAGAAUUAUUCCAAACCGUUUCUUAAUAUGUAAUUUCAUGACCAUCUGAAAGACAAAAAACAUUUGUAUUUUUCUUUUUUGUUUUAAUGUAGCAAUGACUAUUCUGAGAGUAAAAACUUUUGGUUACACCAUAAACAACUUUUAGCGUCGUGUUUGUAUGCCUUUUGUAGAGUCUAAUUUGCUUCUUUUGUCUUUACAUUUACAUCACUAGGACCAUUUCCUUUUUAUAUCAGAUUGUAUGUGGGGGAAAAAAUUAAUUGAAUAAAUGUCUCACUUGAUGGUGUUCUUUGCUGUACUUUAUCCUAUAUUCAAGAGAGCAUAUAAAUAAUGUUUUUCAAAUGUUUCAGUGUUGUACAAAAUAUUGUCAUCAAUAAAAA